AUGGUGUUACUUCGUGCAUCCGACAAAUGGGCAAAAUUGAAGAAAAACAUCAUUCUCGAACCCUAUAUAUCUUCAUUUGCUCCAUCCAACCGUUGGUCAAACAAGGAUCUCGAUCCUGUUCCACCACACGAACGAACAUGGACAAAUCCAUUUUAUGUUAUCUGUUAUUGGAUCUCUGAUGCAUUCACAAUCUCAACAUGGUCAAUGGCAAGCUCAAUGAUUGCACUUGGAUUGACUUGGAAAAGUGCAUUUGCCGCUAUUAUCAUUGGACACUCGAUAAUUGCCAUUCCUAUCUGCUUGAAUGGAUGGUCAGGUGCAUAUCUCCAUGUUUCCUUUCCAGUAGUCACUCGUGCAUCGUUUGGUAUGAUUGGAAAUUGCUUUGUUGUGGUGUCCCGAGGUUUCCUAGCCAUUAUUUGGGGUGCUGUUCAAACUUAUAUCGGUAGUGAAUGUGUCAGGCAAAUGAUCAAUGCUAUAUGGCCGAGUUUCCGUGCGUUUCCGAAUCAUUUACCAGCAAGUGCUCAGAUCACUUCGGCUGGACUAUUAUGCUUCUUCAUAUAUUUCAUGAUCCAACUACCAUUCGUGUUGAUGCCAAUGAGGAAGAUCAAAUGGCUAUUUGUGGUCAAAACCAUUGUCAUGCCAAUAGCUACAAUUGCUGUACUUAUAUGGGCACUGAAAUCGGCAGGCGGAACAGGUCCAGUUUUUGCUCAACCUGGUACAAUUCAUGGCUUCAGCAAGAUUGCGUGGGCUUGGCUGGCUUCCCUUAACUCGGUUUUAGGUAACUACGCUACUCUCUCAUGCAAUAUUGGAGAUUUCACUCGAUAUGCCAAGAAACCUGGUAAUACAUGGGUCCAAGCUAUUAUUAUACCCGUUGCAUUCUCGGCCUUUGGUCUCAUCGGCAUCAUUGUCUCGUCUGCAUCAGCGAUUAUUUACAAAGACGGCGUACUAUGGGAUCCGACCGUACUAAUUGAUCAUUUCGAUUCUCGCGCAGCUAAGUUCUUCGUGGCUUUUGCAUUUGCACUUGCAACACUCGGCACGAAUAUCUCUGCUAAUACUAUCUCAGCAGCAAAUGAUUUUUCGGCAAUAUUUCCAAAAGUAUUCAACAUUCGUCGGGGUUCGUUAAUCGCAAGUCUUCUCGCCUGGAUUUGUGUUCCAUGGUACAUCCUCAACACUGCCAAGGGUUUUCUCGCGUUUAUGGGUAGUUAUAGUGUUAUCCUUGGUCCUAUUGCUGGCGUGAUGGUAUCUGAUUUUUGGCUUGUUCGAAAUAUCGGUCGAAUUGACACUCGAGAACUUUAUAACCCUCAUGGCAAAUAUUGGUACUGGAAAGGAUGGAACUGGCGAGGUUACGUGGCCCUUAUUUGCGGUUUCAUAAUUAAUCUUCCUGGAUUCCUUAAUCAAAUUGUACCAUCGAUCAAAAUUUUAGCGUCGAAUGAUGAUGGUGAACAAGCAGAUGAAGGAAAAAAUUGUAAUGCAGCAUUGUUGAGUGGACAUUGGAUGAAGGAACCUAUUUGGUGA